AUGGUAGCUUUUGGUGGAGGAAAAAAGGGUCAAAUUAAAGGCAUCAGAAAGAUAGGUAGAUCAGAUGAACAAUCAAUUGACAAAGUAUAUCAUGUAGAAGAACCUGCAGAAAAUGAUGAAAUCUCAGAGUCAUCCAUUGAUAAUGCAAAAGAACAGGAAAAAGGAACAUGUCUCCUCGAUGAAAAUGAUGAAAUCAGCAUCCAUGCUCUAAAUGACCAAGAGGAAAACUUAGAAAGGGUGUCUGAAGAAGAACAAACAAAACCUACUGAUAAUCAAGAUACAGAAACUCCAAAUUUGGUCCUAAAAGACUACAAAUAUCUAGGAUCACAUCCCUUAGACAAUAUACUCACUGAUCUCAAUUCUGGAAUAACCAUCAGGUCAGGUAUGACAAAUCAUUGUGCCUUCAAUGCAUUUUUGUCUAUGAUAGAACCAAAGAAGAUCAGUGAAGCUCUUCAAGAUGCGGACUGGAUAAUAGCCAUGGAAGAAGAACUGAACCAAUUCGAAAGAAGUAAAGUUUGGAACCUUGUUCCCAAACAACCAAACAGAACUAUAAUUGGUACAAAGUGGGUAUCCAGGAACAAGUUAGAUGAACAUGGUACAAUAACUAGAAACAAAGCCAGGCUGGUAGUUCAAGGGUAA